ACCUGUGGGCUCUGGCCAUGCCAUCACAGAAGAACAGAGUAUGCUCCAUGUAUUUGGACCAUUGAUUAAUUCACCACGGACUUUUUCUAAGGGAACUUUUGCCUCCUGAUUAUUUGGGAGAAACUGUAACUUUGAAAAACAGUACUGAGGCAACCCAGUUGAACUGGAUUGCACCAGGCUUCGUAGGCAGCAUCCAUUACGUGCUGUCCCCCCUUUGAGCCAUUUCCAUGCCAGUGAAACAUUGUGCUGAAGGUGGAGUCUACUGGAAUCCUACUCGUCCAGGGGGUCCCCCAAGUGGCUGCUCUUCUGGGCAAUAGUCCAGUCAGAUUUGCUAGUAGCUCAUGGUUGGCUUCCGUCCAUCUUCCUCAUUCACCCUUUGUAUUUUUUUUCUCCUUUUUGGUAAUGGGAUGUCUACAGAACUUCUCUUCUUUGUGAUCCUGUCCGUUGCUAUGCCACGGACAAGUGAUGGAGCAACAAGUUAUUUGCCUCCUUGCUGUGAAAAUAGCCAAAGCAUUCCUGGAUGGCUUUGAACUGCGUUCUAUGUACGAUGACUGCCUAGGGGUUUCAAAUGGGCAGAGGGAGAGGGUAUCUUUUGUGUGGCAGUGUUGGAGAAUCAGCUCUUUCUAUGUUCAGAAACAGGGCACAGUGUGCAAAGUUUCUUUUAUAAAUGGAAAACUUAGGCUUUCUCUGUAUUAAGUUCAGAGCGUUUUUGUCUUCUGAAAGCCCUUGUGACUUGAGGGAUAGACUUUCUUGUAGCUCUUCCUUUCUGUUGCUCACAGAUUAUCAUUUUUUGUUGUUGUUUUUGGUUUUUUUUUAAACACAAUUUACUUAAAAGAGCUUUUUCUUUUAAUUUGGCAGGUGCUUUAAGGUAUACGAACUAAGGCUUUCUGUAGCAAGAAUGAUUUGAAAUGCUAUGACUGAACUGUAAGCAAAUGUGAUUGACUUUACAGGUACAUCAUGCGUUCUCAUUUGAGAUGGCUGUGUUGGGUUCUUCACCAGCCUGUCAUGGUGCCCCUUGCCAGCAGGUCCUGUGGCAGCCUGACGCUGUCAGUGGGGAGUUAGGGUUGGCCCAGAGCUGGAGUCAGAGCCGCUUUUGUAUCUGUCCAUACCUGCUCUUGUCAGUGAGAUUUUGGUUAAUUGACACCUCUCAGCAGCAGCUUUUCCUUACUAACCUACAGCCCAGGUAUUGGAUACCAGCAGUGUUGGACUCAUGGACCUGUCUCCCACUUAAAUGUUUUUUUGGGCUUCUAUUUUGUAUUAAGCUGAGUCAAAAGUGAAUUCAUGAGCACCAGGAGAUGCUCAGACUGUUCCAGCUUUUGAAAUGCCUGUCGGAGGAAAUGCUGUGCUUCAAUAGGGAAUGGCGUCAGGUCAGAUUUGCCAAACUGCAGACUUGUGUCAUUCUCCUCUAGAAGCAUCUCCUACCAGAACUUGUCUGAGAUGGUUGAGUUGGUUUCAGUGUAUGUAAGCAAACUUGGCAGUAUUAGUAUACAAAAUCCCAACAGUGAAAUACAUUUACUCUUACCUUGUUCAGCCUAAAUAAUCUGAAGUCUUUCUUUCCCUUCCUGCUUUGAGGGGAAGGGGUAGAAGUGCUGGAGCUCUCAAAUCAAGCUUCCUCCUUUAAAACACAAGGAAAGCGUGAACAAAAGCAAACAAACCCUUUGGCCAACCAGCUCUAUUGUGUGCUUAAUACAGGAUCAGACUCGGUGUAGUACUUCAGACUUGGUGCUUGAAGCACUUAUGUACAGACAUGAUCGUACUCAAACAGGGCACGAUGGUUUUGGAACUCACUUUUUUCUUCUUGAUGCCUGUGUCAGGUCUUGCUGCUAUCUCGGUGUUCUGGAAGGAGAUAAAACCUUAGUGCCGAGUCACAGUGUUGCCCUUGCAGCUGGUGUUGUCAUAUCCCUAAUGGAAAAUACCAGCAUCAUUGGGUCAGUGUCCUUGCUGUUGGAAUCCUGGUUGGUUGAGCGUCUGGGCAGCACAAGGCAGCCAGGAUGGGGUGCUCAGCUGCUGGCCCUGCUCUGAAGGCUUGUGUUGGCAGGUGAAGGUUUCAGCCUUGUAGAUCAAGGCAUCUCACAACUGUUUUGUCAGGGAAUUAUUUACAAUUUCAUGGGGUUUUUUUCUUCAGUUGCUUUGAAUAUGGGCUUACAUUCCUUUAUUCUGGAGUGGAGAUACGGAGUCCUUUGCACGUUUCCUGUUGAAUUAGUCUCUUAGAGUAUAUUUGCUUGAAAAGAGUUUUCUUGGACCACAAAUAGCAGAGGCAGCAGUGUGCUGUCCUGGUCAAGUAAAUGAAUGUUAAGGUUUAUAACCUGCCCUUUUCAGAUUUCUAAUGGUAUAUUGCUGUUUUCUGGUCCAGCUUUGGAACGGCAGCCAGUACAGCUGCAGCUCAUUGCUCAACAUGACAAAAAUCAGUGUUAAUAUUGUGACAUACAUCCAAAACCUGUCCCGUUAUCGUGCAGAUAAUGGUUAGUUCUCAGGAAGACUGAACCUGUGCAGAGUCUUCAUGCCUUGGUCCCUGGUACCAGCAGUCCCACGUAUAUGCAACCUGUACUGUGUUCUGUCAUGCAGAGGAGCCGUUUAUAUCUACUGUAUUACAGCAGUUGAAAUAUAUUUUCCUAUUAGAGGAGAAAACAACAGUCUUUGCCUGUUUCUUUCCCAAAGCUGUGGAUUGGUUUGGGGUUGUUCUCCUUGGGGAGGUGGGGGGGAGCUGCUGUGAUGCUUCCAGAAUGCAGGGCUGGCAGUGCUCUGUUUCUAUAGUGAUGGAGUCGGUGAGGAGCUGGUAAUAGCUGGUAGAUUGUCCGUUAUUGAAAACAUCCUUGGUGAAGCAUAAGGAAACCCAAGCAUCUCUUCGCCAUGCCCACCAAUGGGAUGCCAGUUCCUGGACCAAAGGCAGAUGGAAGGAAAAUGAGCCAUUCCUUGUGCAUGGGAUCUGUCAGCAAGGACCGUGCAGAGAUCCCUGUUUUAAGGGGUACACCGAGGAUGCUGGACCGCAUCAGGCCUGUUUCUUCCUCCCUGGAGUAUAGUUUUGUUCCAGAAGAGGUUUGCCGAGCCCUGACCUGUGCCAGCAGUUCUCUUGGCAGCCCAGACUUACAGUCCCACCGAAAAACAAAGAACAUAGAGGGUGUCAGGGGCUGCCUGCAAAGCCCAGAUCGGCUUUGGCAUUAUCCUAAUCGUCGGAGCAAGUACAGACACCUGACAGACCACCCUGUCAGUUUGACAGGCGCUGGAAGGGAUGUCUCUUAUUUGUGUGACGUCGUGCUGAUCCAAGAAGACAAGAAAACAGUGGGUCUCAAAAGCUCUUUUCCUCAUAGUGCUCAGGAACAAAGCAGUGGUCCAGCCUCAAGUACUUCUCAGGCAACCCUAUUAGAUAGUCUGGUUCCUGAGGAAUUUCACAUCGUGAGAAAACAGGGAGUUGUGCCCUUGAAGUACUUUGAUGAUAAAUAUACAACUCUGCUUGAAGACAGUGAGAAGAGACUACGUCUGUUCCCAUCCAUGAAACCUGGUGGGAGGUUGGAGGUCAUACAACUGACAGAGGCCAUGGACAGCAUGUUGGAAAAAGCUGGAGUAGAUGAGCUGAUUGCAGUAACAGGACCUUCACAGCUGCACAAUAUGCUGGAGCUGAUGAAGGCGGAGCAGAACAUUUACAACAUAGUUUUCCAUGAGCUGAUUCGGCAGGUCAGCGUGGACUGCAUGGAGAGAGGACAGCUGCUUUCUAAACUCAGACAGAGGUAUGUGGAUCUCCUGGAACGUGUUCCUCAGCUGAUGAAGGCGCUUUACAAAAAAAUGAUGGCUCAGCAGCUGGUUGACAGGCAUAUUACAGAAGAACUACUCUAUUUUAAGGAGUGUGUUGCGCAGCUGGCCAGUGAGUUAUAUGAGAUACGAGAACGUGACUGCAGGGUGACCAAAGAAGCAGAGAAAGCCCAAGAGGAGCUAGCUGCAGCCAUGCGAGAGGCACAGGCUAAUGCAAACCUUCUGGAGCAGUAUCGAGAGUUAUAUGAGUUACAGAGGAGAAGGCUGGAAGAGCAGGUUCUGGCAGUAGCUCGGGAGAGAGACAUUUGGAGCUCAGCUGCAUGUGACCUGGCUCUGAAGAUAAUAGAAAGAAACCAGCUCACAUCGCUUCGCAGACUCCAUAUUGGUGGGAAGGCUCUGGACAAAAUUCUCAAGCACUUCAUAAUCCUUUUGGCUUCAAAGGAUCUGAGAGACCUCGCUGAUCUACAGGAGGAGACCGAGCAGUUCAAAGGAAUAUUAGGUCAUGUUGGAUCAGAGAUAGAGCAUCUGGAGGAAUCCAGCAAAGAAAAACUGCAACUUGUGUGCAGGAGCCUCAACAAGUGGCUUCAGUACCAUCACAGUAACUUUUCCUUUCAGAUGAAUGAAGAGCUAUUGGAUGAAAUCUCAGAAGAUAUGAAGCUCUUAAUAAAUAUGCUGAAGGAAGACACACAGCUGUAUACAGGGGAGGCGAAUAUAGCCAAGACUGAAAGCCUCAAGAGUGCUGCCAGGAUACAGAAACACUGGACAGAGUUAGGAGAAACGGUGCUGAGUCGACACCGGGACUUAACUGGAGCAUUGCUUCCACAGCACGCUGCCCUGGAAGAAAUAAACCAAAGAGCAUGUGAACUCUAUCAGCAAUAUAAUACAAGGAUAAGUGGGAAUAAUGGCACAGUCAUAUUUUUGACAGACUUGGUGAGAAGCAUGGAAGAUUGGUUAUUCAAGGCUCAAAAGCUAACGCGAGGUUCUGGCAUGCAUGAAACUGAACUGCAGGCAUUUUAUCACAUGAUUCCUUCAUGGUUGGCCCAAGUGGAUGCAUUAAUGAGCAUUAUAGGCUCCAGCCAGUUGCAUAAAGCUAAAAAUGAUAUGGAACCGCAUUGCCCGGUGGUACCUAGAGACUUAUUUAAGAUGAUUCACCAAUGGAUUUUGUCCAUGAAUGCUCAGGUUGAGAAGACCACCAUGCAUCUUAAUGAAGAAGUGACUGAACUGCACAGGAACUUGAUCCUGUGGCUGGUGAAUUUGCUGCGAUACAUGGUUGAGGAUCGUUUGUCCUCUGAGUGUCCAGAGGAACCAGAAUCAGACUUUGAGAUGGUUGAGGAGCUCAGACUUCAGGGUGUUCGUGAACUACAGGAAGAAGCAGAAGAGCUGGUUGCCAAGAUGUGUGAACUGUCCGGUUCUAUAUCCAGCUGCUGCCAUGGGAUUGUCAGCGCACUUGUUCGAAAGAAACGGUCAGAGAAGGAUUCAGAAGCUGAUUUUGAGCUAGAGGAGCUGAAUAAGCUCAAGACUGAGUGCUGUAAUUGGAUUCAUGUGUGUAGCCUUCUCCUUUCAGAGAUCAAAGGCACUCCAGUCACCUUUCUGCAUUUAGAGGAACUGAAAAACCUCUUUGGAUCAGAGGAAUUGCAAUUGAAGCUUAAGGACACUAUCGUUUCUUCAACUCAAGAAGAGCUUAAAGCUGAUGAUGCCAACAGCAAAAAGAAACCAAUAGCAGAGAAAGGAACACCAACAGUAGAAGAGAAAAUUGUCCUUAUGCAGGAGCAGCCAGGUGCUAGUACAGAUGAUAUGAGUGAAGGUGAUGAAGCUACUGCAGACGUGAUCAGAUAUGUAGGACAAGACUUCAACAUCCACCUGAAGUCCCUGAAGUCAGACAUCAUUUCAGUUACAGGGAGAGAGAUGACUGCCAGCAAGGCAUCAACUCCCUUUUCUCAGAAAGAGUUUGAAGCUCUGGCACUGCUGGAACAUCUACAAGUGCAGCUUCUAGAAACAGAAACCCGUGCUCAGAAUGCAGAACAAAGAUCUGAAGACUUUGAGAAGAAGCUGGUAGAAGCUCUGGAGAAAAUCCAGGAGCUAGAGAGGGAACUGGAGGAGAGGGACGAAGUGGUCCCAGAACCAACACCUAAAGAAGGGCAAGAAAACUGUUUACAAGAAAGCUUACCUGAAGGGGAAGGCUGCUCAACUCCCAAAGCCCCCAGCUCUGGCCAGCCCAAGCAACGCAGAAAAACAAAGAAUAAAAAAUAAGAAUACCUGGGCAGUUUUUUGGUCUGGGCUGCCUUCCCUCCUGCCUCCAGUCCAGUACCUGCUGGUGGGCUGCCCAUAGACCAGCCAUCUUGCUCCUCCCUGAGCAUUUCUGGGAGAACUCUUAGAGCAUAGGUGAGUCCUUGUUGUCUUUCACACUUUCUGGGAGCUCUGUGCUGUCUGUGAUGACGGUGCUCACUCCUGGAGGGCUGCGGGUAGCUGGAGAGACCAGAUUCGUGGGAUCCAAAGGUAAGGGCAAGAUGAAGGCAGCAGGUUUCUCUGCAGCAAGGGAGUGCAGUGCAUGAAGGUAACGGAGCUGAGCAGCAGCAGGGGCACUGGACAGAAUCUCAGCUGCCAUCCGCAGGGACUCAGAAGCAGCCUUCUCCCCCUCAGCAGCAAUCACCUACCAAGGAGGAGAGUGAUAUUUCUGUGAGGCAGGGACUAAGGGGUAUGGACUAUUUAUUACAGAGGGAGGUUGCUACCAUGAACUUUCCACAGGGCCCCUGUGAUUGUAACAUCCCUGUUGUCCCGAUCAUGGCACAUACUAGACCUCAUGUCUAAUUUGCUUUAACUAAAGCUACAUGAACUUUGAGUGCUACUAGUUCUAUCAGAGCUUACAACUGGGUAUAUGCAUGCUUCAAAAGCAUGUGAGAGGGCAGCCCACAAGCUAAGCUUGUGAGAAUACUGGACACAAAUCCUACCUAGGCUCAGUGUAAGGUAUGGAAGACAGCACUAUGUGUGGGGUACACGACAGUGGUGGCAGCCCAGCUCUGCCCUCCUGGCUGGGUCUCUAAGCAUGAGUGAAACCCAGAGAAGGGAGUGGUUCUCACAGGCAUUGUGGGUCAGGGAUGACACCAGACCUCUUACGUGUCUUUCUGGCCUGUGUAUAGGUACCAGACCUGGGAUUCCACUGGGCUGGCCCAUGCUUUUACUGCAGCUCACCUUGCUUGACACAGCUCUUGAACAGGAUAUGAAGAUCUUGAACAGAUCUUCCCAGAGCUGAUACCCUAGUGUGGCAUGUUCCAAGGACCUCAAACCAGGGUGGGAAAAGGAAAGAGGGAUGCUUUGGAAGUAGACGGGAGUUAUUCGGUGUUGGCAUACCCGCACUUUGGCCUGCCUCUGGGCUUCUGCUUCCACAGCCAAGGACUGCUGGACUUCAGCAGGCAGCUGCACGUUGUUGCUGUGGUAGUGAAGGAUAAGGAUUAGCGGGGCUCUAGGCUCAUCUGACAGCCCUGUACUGCCCUCUAGGGCUUAGAACGGGCUCACAGAAUGGACUCUACAGAUGUUCAGGAACAUCCAUUGCUCUCUGCAUAUCCCUCUGUGGAUGACUCCCUUUAGCAUUCUACUUUAAUUUCCAUCUUUCUUUUCCAGCCUGGUUUUGUACAGAUCCAAGAUGGAAUCAUUAGAAGAUAAUUAUCAUGAUAACUAGAUCAUCAGUGAUGUACAUGAUCGCUAGGCAGCAGAGAGGCCUUUUCUAUUUGUGCCUCUGAGGCUUGAACUUCAUGCUUAUGAAGUCUGUGACAUAUCAGAGGAUCCACUUGGAGACUGCUCUCAAGACAGCCACAGGAACUGCCUUCUCUUUACAGAUUUGCUUCUCUGCUGCCUGGCUCUCUACGUGAUGACCAAGUCCCACCUUUUUCUACAGCCUUCUGAGAGUUGAGCCCAACCACUGCUAAGACCCUGAGUCCUUUGAUCUAGAGUGGGACACAAGUUCAGUGCCAGCUGUGACUCUCAGACUAACAGAAUUGGGUACAAACUCUGCCUACAGAAGAGUUGAUGAGAUCCCACCUAAGAAUUCUGCAUCUGUCUGUCAGUGUAGGAGCACGUACCAUCUUUGCACAUGAAAGUUUUAUGUGGGACAGAGGUUUGAAAGGGGUGGUGAAAACAAGGAAGUAAGGAAUGCAGAAUAGCUGCAGGGAGAGAGCCAGGGGCAAAGACGAACCAUGAGCAAGGCAGAAUGGAUACUUGCAAAAUGGCAAGGAAGUCUCCGCUACCAGCACUUCCUACCUACAUUUCUGUUCUCUCCACUUUGAUCCCCCAGCAGCCUGUAACCGCAUCCAAAGCCACCUGUCAAAAGGAAGAUAUUUGAGAACACAAGGAGAACACAAGCCCUUGUCCAGGCCCUCAAAGGGACUUAGACAGUCCAGGAACAUUAAUUCAAGGCAGUAAGGCAGAUUUAUUAUAUUCUGAGUGCAGGCUCUUGGAAAUAAAAAUUAUACCCCUCAUUUCUGAUUUGGAUUUGCCCUGAGGGUUUAGUACGAUUUAGCUAGUCGUCCAUGCUGGUUAGACUGUAGAAUCAAUCCACUUCCAUAGGAAACAUUCAGCUCCUGACUGAUAUAUUCAUGUUUAUGUGUUGUGGCCACAGAGAACUGCUUCUGAAGAUCCCAUGUAUUCAGGGUUUAUGGCAUCUCUCUCACAAUGCAGAAAACCAUUCUCAUGAGAAAAUCGUCUCUGGAAUAAGCACAGAACCUGAGAAGUUCAGAGAAGGCUCGAUGUGCCAGGAGGCGCUUUGUGGUGGUCUGCACCAGCAGCUGGAUGGCACUGGAGAUGCUGGUGAGGGUGGUGAGGAGAAGAGAGGCAUUCUCCAAACGGUAAUAGCAGACAGCAUCUAUCUCCAGUGUAACCAUGUCUUUAGUUACCACCUAAGCAGAAGAUAUGAAACAAGAUGAAUAUGGUUCUGACAAUUUUAAGGUAGCACAGAAAAGUACACACGUAUGGGAAAGAAGAAAAGUUAGGUGGCUGUGUCUUUGUAGUUACCAACCCUGCUGCUCUGACCUUAGGCAGUAUGUACCCCCCAGUGUGAUGGGUAAAAACUGCUCUAAAAUCCAUAGCCCAGCCACUUCCUAUUGGUUACCACUAAAGCUUAUCAAAUUGAAUGGGAUCAAAAGCAAUGGCUUUAAAAUGGCAGGGAGGUAAAGGAUAUUUCUCAUCCAUUCACAGGAAUCCAGCAGCUAAGGCUUUGCCAGAGUGGCUUGAUGUAAGAUCAUCAGUGAAAUAACCUAAGAACUGGCAACAUUUAAUGCUAUCUUGUGGCCAGUGGAGUGACAUGGAACCAGAAUCAGAGCUGUCAUCAAGCACAGCAUGACCAGAUAAAGAGACCCAAGAAUUAACAUAAAGAAGGGAUGGUAGUCGUACCUGGUGGAAGGGGAUCUCUAGGGUUUUGAGGCGGAGGUCCACUUUGUGAUAUGUGUCCAGGCAGGGAAGGUAAAAGAAAAGACCUGUGGGAGAAAAAGAAAGUCUUUGGGUGAUCAUCAAAACCACAGAAAUUGCUUCUUCAGCUCUAGGGAGCGGUAGAGGGGAUGGUGUACAGAACUAUGAAGGAAUAGCAAUAUAUAGGUUCAAAUUGUGGGUCUACUUCUGUAUUGGGAAAAGCCAUUGGAAGCUGACGGACCUAAGAACGACAUUGUGUCUCGUGGUUAACUAUACCUGCCUGGAGGGUACCAGAACAAGAGCUUUGGUAGAGCAUGAUGAAGAGGGACAAAAUGGCUGGGGGGAGCUCAGUAAGCAUCUUACCAGGCCCUCUGGCCCUGCCAGGAAGGAGAUGCCCAAGCCGGAAAACAAUGGCUCUCUCGUACUCCCGUACUACCUGCAGAGGGAAACAAAAGCUUGGCUGGAGCGGAAGGCAUAGGACUGGGAAAAAAAGCCUCACCGGGCUGUGCAUAGGAAGACUUCUGUUCUGGUAAUGCCCUUUGAAAGGAGGAUUUCAGCAGAUCAGGUCAGCAUUCCUGCUGUAUUAUGGUUUGGCUGAAAUUGAACACCUUGAGCUUAAUCUAUUUCCUGAGAAGCACUAAUUAAAGUAUGUCUACUUGUAAUCAUGCCAUAAAUCAGAGAAAACUGGAGGAAGAGGAAAAAUCUGCUAUUAAUUGAAAGAUCAAUCUGCCUUUAAAUUUGUAACACCAAAUCUAUUUCAGCCUGCUGCUGCAAUGCAACUAUCUCUGGAUUGGGAGAGCUGAAGAUUAUGUUUAAAAGUGAGCAGACCUGCAAUCUGUUUAAUAACAAGAAGCUAAGCCAAAGCUGCUUACGACCAACACAUGCUGGUCAUAUCAGACACCAAAUCCAACAUCUGAAGAGGCAUCAUGCCUAUUCUUACCUUCAUGCAGAACCAGACAGAUAUGGGGAAAGUCAUGAUGAUGAACAGGAAAGACAAUAUAGUCAGAAGCCACUCACAGAUGUUGAGACCAGGAGACUUCAUACCUAGGGGGAAAUCCAACAUGACUGUGUUAGGAAAACAGACAUUUGCUAGACAGCACUGAUCUGCCUGUACUGACUGUAGAAGCUGGCCGGAGCUUCCAUUAACCUGUCCUGAGGACAAUUACUUAUCUGUGCAAGGUAUGAUAGCACUCACCAUGCAGAAAGCAAAGUCACACUGUCACCCACACAGUGUCAAAGAGCCCGUAGCUUUUCUGCCCCUUCCCUUCUAUAAAUCAUACCUUCUUCUUGAUGCUCGCUGUCCAGCAACAUCAUUGCCUCCAUUUCUUCAUCAGAUAUCACAUCAUCCACAUCCACCACUGUGGAUGUGUGCACCCUACCAUCAGUCCCUACAGCGCUCUUAAUCUCCUUUUUCUCCUGCCUUAUAUCUCCUGUUUCUUUGCUGGCUUCUUUGCUUCUCUCCCUCUUCUCCUGUUUCCUCUGUGUAGCUGGAGACUGUCUCUUUCUCCUAUGGGACUCCCUGGAAGAGCUUCGAGAUCUCUUAUCCAUCCUCAUCUGAUUCUCAGCACCGAGGAGCACACAGCUUCCUAUGGGGCUGGAAUGAAUCCCUGCUUGAAUUUAUUGCUGCAGGCAGAAAAUCCAGGCAGGGGAGGAGAGAAGAGGAGGUGUCAGAUCAAGGAGGCUUGAUCAAGGUUACCACAAGCUUGUCAGAUGUAAUGGACAGUGAAGUGAGCAAGCUGUUUCCCUCCUGCUCUGCUCUCAUCUCACACAGCUGUUGAAAUGAUACAGAACGUUAGACCUGAACAUGGUGAACUCCAGGAAGACAUUCUGCUUGUACCUUCCUGCCUUUGGAAAUCAAAUGCAUGCAAUCAAAA